CGCCCAGCCCACCCCAGAGAGGAGUAAAGCUAGUUGACACCGGAUGUGUUUCCUCCCAAGCGAAGUCCACCUUCCGGCCUGGGCCGCCGCUGCUGCGGGAAGCUGAGCUCUGGCUCUCUGAGUCGAUUGUGACCAUGGCUGCUGAAUCUGAUGUUCUGCACUUCCAGUUUGAACAGCAAGGAGAUGUAGUCUUGCAGAAAAUGAAUCUCUUGAGACAGCAGAAUUUAUUUUGUGAUGUGUCCAUUUAUAUCAAUGACACCGAGUUCCAGGGCCACAAGGUGAUUUUAGCUGCUUGCUCCACUUUCAUGAGAGAUCAGUUUUUACUCACGCAGUCAAAACAUGUCAGAAUCACCAUCCUGCAGAGUGCAGAAGUUGGCAGAAAACUGUUGCUCUCAUGCUAUACUGGAGCACUUGAAGUUAAAAGGAAAGAGCUUUUGAAAUAUUUGACUGCUGCUAGUUACCUGCAGAUGGUUCACAUUGUGGAAAAGUGCACAGAAGCUUUGUCAAAGUAUCUGGAAAUUGAUCUUUCUAUGAAAAAUAAUCAACAUACUGACCUGUGUCAAUCCUCUGAUCUGGAUGUUAAGAAUGAAGAAGAAAACUCAGAUAAAGACUGUGAGAUUAUAGAAAUUUCAGAAGAUAGUCCUAUAAACAUAGAUUUUCACGUAAAAGAAGAGGAAAGCAAUGUUUUGCAGUCUACAGUAGAGUUGACAUCAGAGAGAAAGGAAGUGAAGUCACCAGAGCUAUCUUCAGUAGACAUUGGUUUUAAAGAUAAUGAAAUUUGUAUCCUCCACGUGGAAUCUAUUAGUACUGCCAGUGUAGAAAAUGGGCAGUUUUCACAGCCUUGUACUUCUUCAAAAGCAAGCAUGUAUUUCUCUGAAACACAGCAUUCACUGAUCAAUUCUACAGUUGAGAGCAGAGUGGCAGAAGUUCCUGGGAAUCAAGAUCAGAGCUUAUUUUGUGAGAAUACUGAAGGAAAUCAUGGUACAGUGAGUGAGAUUCAGAAUCUGGAGGAUGCUUAUUCACUGAGGCACCAGUGCCCCAGGUGUCCUCGAGGAUUUCUUCACGUUGAAAACUAUCUGCGCCACCUGAAGAUGCACAAGCUCUUCUUGUGCCUACAGUGCGGGAAAACAUUUACGCAGAAGAAAAAUCUCAACCGGCAUAUUCGAGGGCACAUGGGCAUACGGCCCUUUCAGUGUACUGUGUGCUUGAAGACAUUUACUGCUAAAAGCACACUUCAGGACCACUUGAAUAUACACAGUGGAGAUCGCCCAUACAAAUGUCACUGUUGUGACAUGGAUUUCAAGCACAAAUCUGCCCUCAAAAAGCACUUAACCUCUGUGCAUGGCAGAAGCAGUAGUGAAAAACUACCCAGGCAUGAUCUCAAAAGGCAAAAUUUGCUGUAAUUAGAACCACACCUUGCUAUAUAAGCCUUAUAUCAUAGUUAGGCGAGUUUUUCUACAGAAAUGCAGCAUAUGUUAUAUUGCAUCCCCUGUGCCCCCCCCAUCUUUGGGUCUUAAUUUUGGUCUGCCUACACGUUACUCUUUCUGAACUUCUACUAGCAGUUCCAAUGUGUGGGAGACAUGAUAAAGCUAAUGGGAUGCUGUCUUACCUCGUACAGUAUAUGUAAGUCCCAGUGGUAUAUCUAGAGAAAUAAUGUUUCACUCUUAAAUAUUCCUGAUUCUUGUGACAGAGAAUCCAGCAGUAUUUCUAAAUUCUGAUUUUGACUCUCUAGAUAAAUGAUGUACAUGUAAAAUCCCAACCACAUAAUAAUUUUAAUCAAUUAGGUUAAUAGGAAGAGAAAAUAGACUUCAAAACAUGCUGUAAUCCAUUAUUAAUUCUUUAUAGGACUAGUGAAAAAAAAUUUUUUUAAACAAACUGGUUGGAUUCUGAAGCAAAGCACCAAGGUACUUGUUUUAAACUGUAAGGGAACACACUUCAGAUUCACUUGGGAGUAGUAGAAUUUCCUUGGACAUGGGCUAAAAUUCCUUAAAAUAAUGUUUCCAUGAUUUGUUAGUAUACAUAUUUUAGAAAUGAUUAAUCAAGCCCAAGUUUCUUGAUUUUAUUUCAUACAGUUAUAUUUAAUAAUUUUAUGACCAAUAAAAUUAUACCAUUGGCAGGAAGCUCUGAAAAUU